AUGCCAAAUUUAUAUUAUCUGGAAGUUCUCAAUUCACACAAUAGAUUUUUCAAUGCAAGUGAUUGGCAAAUACUUCUUGAAACAUCAUUACCACAAUUAACUUAUUUUACUCUGAAAAUAAGUGCAGCUCGUCUUUCACAACACAGUCUUGACAACAUCCAUAGAUCACUGACAUCUUUUCAAACUCCAUUUUGGAUCGAAAAGAAAAACUUUAAUAUCUUCAUUAUGAUGUAUAAAUGCUUCGGAGAUAUUAUUUUUAACUAUCAACCAAUUGAUCCUCGACGACAUCAAUUUGACAUUGAUUUCAAUUCACAGAUCAAUUCAGGAACUGUUCAAUUUUGGACACUUCCUGAGCGUUCCAUUAUCGACAAUCGAUUUCUAAUGGAUAGUAUCACUAGUUUACGUCUUUCUGUCGAGGAUCCUCUGCCACCAAGUCAAUACUACUUCGAGAAUGUCAAAUGUCUCAAGGUCGAUUGUCUUAAUUCAUCUUUGCUUGAAUGGAUUACGACGCAUGUUCGUCUAUCAAAAAUUACAGAAUUAAAGAUUCCAGGACCAAAAAUGGAAUUUCAUGUAGUUACUUCGCUUAUAGCACUUAUCGAAAAUAUAUUCUCGCUUCAAAUCGAAUUUAAUCGAUCGAUCCUUCAACAGAUUGGUCUUCUCAGAACAAAGAAAAACAUUAAACGUCUAGAUAUUUCUUUCAGUCUUUUAUACAAUCAACAAGCAUUUCGAAAAGAAGAUAUUUGUAUUAUUGCAGAUCUCUUUCCAUUGAUUGAGCAUUUAAAGAUCGAUACGAUCGAUUUUGACAGUGUACCAUUUUUGUAUACUUGUUUUCCGCAUCUUCAUAGUCUUACUUUCAAAAUUAUCGAUCUUACCUUACCGAUGUUCGAUAGCUUUAAAGAACAACAAUGGGAUAAUCGAUUACGAAUCAAAAUGAAACUUACAUUCAAACGUGCAGGAGAAUGGUUAACAAUCUGGAUUGAUGAAGUAACUCUUCAAGAAUCUAACUGGCAAUCUUUUCCAUUGAAACAUCAGCGCCACAAAUGUAUUUCUUCUUGA